GCCGAGCGAAACAGACGGUUUACGCGGCAGCCAAAGCCGAUAAAUUCGCUCAGGGAAUAAAUACCUAUAAACCGCGGCUGUUUCCUAUAGGAAUACCACUUGACGCACGUGAGCGUGCACGUACGGGACUAUACAGCAUGGUUCUGACACCACUGCCGCUAUCUCUGCUUCUGCUCUGACCACAGAGAAAGUCUUUGGAUUUCUCCGAGAAGCCUGGCAUUUCUCUUUUACUGACUAUCAUCCAAAUGCUGUUGGAAAUAUUCUCCGGAUGGUGACCACGGACUGGACUACCUGUUUUCAGAUAAUUCGCUCAAUGCGAAGGGAAGGGACUGUAAGACUUGCGCCUGUUGUCUUUCCUCUGGUUUAAUAAGGCACUUUGGAGAUCACUAAAAAAAAAAAAAAGAAAGAAAGAAAAAGGGAGAAGGGCUGACAUAUUCGCACAUUUUAUAUCAAAGGUGUUAUUUCCUCUGAACUCUCACCUAUAUGCGUUUUUGGUGAAUGGGGGUAACUCUGGUCCUGGAGGUUUGACACAGCAGGGACCGGGACGGGACUGGGUGCGUGGAGCGUCGGAUCACCCAGGAUUGUAUUCCCUGCUCACUCUCUCUCUGUCUUGGGUCUAUUUACAUGUCAGACCUGACCGCUUUAUGACAAUGGAUUACUUUCUGCUUUUAUGCAGCCUCUUGCUGCCUGUGGUGUGUGCCGUGGAAGAGACGUUGAUGGACACAAAGUGGGCCACGACAGAAUUAGCCUGGACUGCGCACCCUGAGACUGGGUGGGAAGAGGUCAGUGGCUACGAUGAUGCCAUGAAUCCCAUCCGGACGUACCAAGUCUGCAAUGUACGUGAGCUCAACCAAAAUAACUGGCUACGCAGUGACUUCAUCCCACGAAAAGAUGUACUGCGUGUAUACGUGGAGAUGAAAUUCACAGUACGUGACUGCAACAGCAUUCCCAACAUCCCAGGUUCCUGCAAAGAAACAUUUAAUCUCUUCUACUAUGAGUCUGACUCAGAUUCAGCCACAGCUACCAGCCCUUUCUGGAUGGAGAACCCUUACGUGAAGGUGGACACCAUUGCCCCAGAUGAGAGCUUUUCCAUGCUUGAAUCUGGACGGGUAAACACGAAAGUCAGAAGUUUUGGCCCGCUGUCCAAAGCUGGGUUUUACUUGGCCUUCCAGGACCUUGGUGCUUGUAUGUCGCUCAUCUCAGUGAGAGUGUUUUAUAAGAAGUGCUCCACCACAAUCGCCAACUUUGCUGUAUUCCCUGAAACAGCAACAGGGGCUGAAGCAACAUCACUGGUCAUUGCACCAGGAACUUGUGUCCCGAAUGCCUUGGAGGUAUCUGUGCCACUGAAGCUUUAUUGCAACGGAGAUGGGGAGUGGAUGGUUCCUGUAGGAGCCUGUACCUGCAUGGCUGGUUUUGAACCAGCCAUGAAAGAGACCCAAUGUCAAGCUUGCAGUCCUGGCACCUUCAAAUCCAAACAGGGGGACAGUUUGUGCUUGCCCUGCCCAGCCAACAGCCGCGCCAGCUCAGGAGCAGCCAGUGUUUGCUCCUGUCGAAACGGUUAUUACCGCUCAGACACUGAUUCUCCUGACUCCCCCUGCACUACUGUUCCAUCUGCCCCGCGCAGUGUCAUCUCCAGUGUCAACGAAACCUCGCUCGUGCUAGAAUGGAGUGAGCCACGUGACUUGGGCGGCCGCGAUGACAUCUUCUAUAACGUCAUCUGUAAGAAGUGUCUCCCUGAGCGGGGAAUGUGUUCGCGAUGUGAUGACAACGUAGACAUCUCGCCACGCCACCUGGGCUUGACCCAACGACGUGUAGCAGUCCGUAACCUACAAGCCCACACACAGUACAGCUUUGAGAUCCAGGCAGUCAAUGGCGUUUCCAACAAGAGCCCCUAUGCACCCCAGUUCUCUGCUGUGAACAUCACCACAAAUCAGGCCGCCCCCUCUGCAGUACCUACAGUUCACCUGAUGGCGGCCACAGCGAGCACCAUGAGCCUGUCCUGGCUGCCUCCAGAGAAACCCAACGGAAUCAUUCUGGAUUAUGAGAUUAAGUACCAUGAGAAGGAUCAAGGUGAGGCCAUUGCCCAUACCAUGACUGCCCAACGGAGCAACGCCCGCAUUGAAGGUCUUAAGGCUGGUACGCCUUAUGUGGUCCAGGUCCGCGCUCGAACAGUGGCUGGUUAUGGACGUUACAGCAGCCCAGCAGACUUCAGCACCAACCUGCAAACUGACCCUCCAAAGUCCUUGCAGGAGCAGCUGCCACUCAUUGUUGGAUCAGCCACCGCCACCUUAGUCUUCAUCAUUGCAGUUGUGGUCAUCGCUAUUGUCUGCCUCAGAAAGCAGAGAAAUGGUUCAGAGUCGGAGUACACAGAGAAACUGCAGCAGUACAAAUCCCCGAUAGUAACGCCGGGAAUGAAAGUCUACAUUGACCCCUUCACCUAUGAAGACCCCAACGAGGCAGUGCGCGAGUUUGCCAAGGAGAUCGAUGUGUCCUGCGUGAAGAUCGAGGAGGUCAUUGGCGCAGGUAACCCACCAAAGCUCCUGAGCUACAGGGGGAAGACUGCUAGUCACCUCCAGGCCAUACCAUUAGAGGACUUCACACCAAGCGGAGAGUUUGGGGAGGUGUGUCGUGGUCGCCUAAAGUUGCCUGGGCGCCGGGAGAUCAUCGUAGCCAUCAAGACUCUCAAAGUGGGCUACACCGACCGCCAGAGGCGAGACUUCCUAUCUGAAGCUUCCAUCAUGGGCCAGUUCGACCACCCCAACAUUAUCCGUCUGGAAGGUGUGGUCACCAAAAGUCGUCCGGUGAUGAUUGUGACAGAGUUUAUGGAGAAUGGGGCACUGGAUUCUUUUCUAAGGCUCAAUGAUGGGCAAUUCACGGUGAUCCAGCUGGUUGGCAUGCUCCGUGGGAUUGCAGCAGGCAUGAAGUACCUGUCAGACAUGAACUACGUGCACAGAGACUUGGCCGCCCGUAACAUCUUGGUUAACAGUAAUCUAGUGUGUAAGGUAUCUGACUUCGGCCUAUCUCGUUUCCUCGAGGAUGACCCUACAGAUCCAACCUACACCAGCUCACUGGGAGGGAAGAUCCCCAUUCGCUGGACGGCUCCGGAGGCAAUCGCCUACAGGAAGUUCACCUCUGCCAGCGAUGUUUGGAGCUACGGCAUUGUCAUGUGGGAAGUAAUGUCAUAUGGCGAGCGACCGUACUGGGACAUGAGCAAUCAAGAUGUGAUAAAUGCCGUGGAGCAGGACUAUCGACUGCCCCCACCCAUGGACUGCCCGACAGCUCUGCACCAGCUCAUGUUGGACUGCUGGGUGAAAGAAAGGAACCUACGACCUAAAUUCACCCAGAUCGUGGCCACGCUGGAUAAGCUUAUUCGCAAUGCUGCCAGUCUCAAAGUAGUCACCAACAGCACACAGUCCUCAGGGGUAUCUAUGCCCUUGCUUGACCGCUGUGUGCCAGACUAUACCACUUUCACCACUGUGGGGGACUGGCUGGAUGCCAUCAAGAUGAGCCGCUACCGUGACAACUUUGUCAACGCAGGAUUUGCUUCGUUUGACCUGGUGGCCCAGAUGACAGCAGAGGACCUGCUGCGGAUAGGGGUAACAUUGGCUGGCCAUCAGAAGAAAAUUCUUGGUAGCAUUCAGGACAUGAGACUACAGAUGAACCAAACACUUCCUGUCCAGGUGUGAGUGAGAAGACACACAAACCGAUGCAGUCGAAGGACAGCCAGACAGAAAAAGGGGGAGAAACUGUGCCAGAGAUUGCCACUGGAAAAACCCUAGCUGCCUGACCCAUCUCUGCCAAUUAGACACUAUGAAACUGGCUUGCAGUGCCUCUGAAUAUUUUUUUUUCUUUAUUUCAUUACCACUUACAUUUCCUGUUUCUGCAUUUUUGUUAGUCUUCUUUUUCCAUCCAAUCAGAGCUUGUGUGUUUUUGAAAAAGGAGAUAUAAUUAACCCCCUUAUUACCUACGCGUGCCUCACCAGCUCUGGAGUGAGUUGAUGUUUGCAUGCAUAUGCGUUGUAGUGAAGUUGGCCUUAGUCCUGUCACUUAAAUGUCACACUUUUAUCCUCACACAAGCGCCCCUCCCCUUGAUUCCUGUUCCCAGCUCUGCUGGAUGAUCUAUGUAGGAAAGAAGGAAAACCCUUGUAUAAGAAAAAGUGAUCAAGUUUUUUUUACAUAUAACAAAAAUCAAAACAACAAAAAAAAAAAGAAGUGUUUCAGACCACAGGAGAGAGAGAGAGGACAAUUUUUUUCCUUGCUAGAAGUUGUUUUAUUGUGCACGUGUGUUGUUCUCCAUCUUCAUAUUGAAGGUGUGUUAUCUAAAAGGGCACUUGCUGGAAAAGGGGUGAGGUGGUGGAGGAGGGGGAUAUGAUGGGCUGCAGUCAAAGGUCAAGAAGAAGACAGAGGUCAGAAAGGAAGGACACCUGUUUUGGGUGCUGGAUCCUCAGUAGUUCAGCAGAUGACCUCUUCACUCUGACCCGAAGUGACUCAGGAUAGUUUCCCAGCUUGGGAACGCCUGCUCAUCAACUAUGUUUUACACCUUUGUUUUGUUACUUUUGUUUGUCCACACCACAGUUUUUUUGUUUGUCUGAUGUUUGUUUAAUUUUUUAAAUGUUUUGCUUUCUUACUCAUUUUUUUUUUUUUUUGGGAGAUUUGUGGUUUCAGAACGGCUGGUCAGCCUGAAGUGGAUACUUGAGCGGGGGGAGACGAGGACUGUGGCAACAAAAUAGAAAGACCCUUUUGGCCUUUUGUGUGCAUUUUUGUAUGUCUGUGUGUGCGCAUGUGGAUUUGUAUGUGUGAAUAAGUGUGACUGGAUGUGUGGGCGUGUCGAGUUGCACACAAAUAUACUGUACAAUACAGCUUCUGCUAUUUGCCACCAUGGAGAAUUUACGCAUGAACUGAACUGUGAUAAGGAGCAAAUAUAUCUGAAACACUUAUGCUAUAUUCUGUGGACAACUGUUCAAACAUUCUUUUUUUUAUUGAAUCCAAAAAAAAUGGACUUUGGACAUACACACGUAUAUAUAUAUAUAUAAAAUUAUAUAUAUAUGCAUCAUGCAGAAACUGAAGACAACCAUGACGGACACUUUAAUUUCUACUUUCUAUUAUGUGGGUUUAGAAAUAAUCAAAAUCCUUGUUUUAAUUUCUUGACGUCCUGCCCUAUGUAUUUAUUUGUACCUCACCCGCCAACCCACAUGCCCCAACAACACCCAGAAGGACUUUAGGUCGUUUGGGGACUCGGAACAAUCAGAAGGAAAGAGAAACUCCAAGAGGAUUCACCUAUUGAAUUGAUGAUUAUUAAACAAAGGAAAUUGCAUAAUUGGAUAUUGUAUUUUUGUUGUUGUUCUAAACAGCCUGUACAUGUUUUGUAACAAAAAAUAAGAUAAAUAACAAAAGAAAAAUGGUGUUUUGACAAAAUGGACAUACUGUUGUGAAAUGUUUGAUUUAGAGCAAAAGAGAAAAAAAUAAUAAUGGAAAGCAAGAGAAAAUAAGGAAGAAGAGGGAAAGUCAGGAAGUAGGGUGGAAGAGUUGAACAUCACCUGGGGUAAGAUUACUGGUAAUAGCAUCUCACCUUCUCUCCAAACAAUGUUGUCUGAAUUGUCAACUUACCAUAGGUGUGUUUAAGUUGUUGUGUGCCAUGUAAACGAGAUAUUAAGCUUCCCAAAUCUGUACCUUAUCGUCUUCCAGGCACAUUAUUGUCAGUCCUGAAAAUCACUCAAAUGUACUCAAACCCAUCUUACAAAGGACUGUUAUUAUUAGGGAGCAGGUCCAGAGACAUUGUGUCACAUUAGUCAGCAACCACCUGCCAAUCAUUUCAGCUCCCUAAGAGGUGGAGCUCCGUGACAUGACGUGCGCUGCCCGUCCCUACAAAAGGAUACUCACGAGAGCCGUCAGAGGUGAAACCUGUCGGUCAUUGUCACUUCAAAUCUUGGAGCGGCCGAUCAGGUCUUGCGAGGAUAUGAGCAUGCAGCCGGCGCAGACACAGGGCAAGCUGACCUAUCAUUAGAGCUCUUCAUUCCCUGUCUGUCCUGUAAUCAUCCUGUUUCAGCUCAUGCUGCUGCAUGAUUAGUACAGUGCAAGAUCAACAGCCCAGACAUGCAGCAAAAUCUGCAGCCCCUUUCAUUGUAGCUGAUAGCCACAAUUCUGAGAUUUCACAAGCUGCACUUCUCACAGGGAGGUAUUUGAAGUUAGUGGAAUAGAGAUCCAGAAGGUGCAUCACUGGUGAUACCUUCCAAACAGUGUCAAUAUUUUUUUGGUUUGGAGCUGAUCAAUGCAAUAUGUCAAUAUUAUUCCUAAGGUUUGUAAGACUAACAUGAUGUUAGUGACCGUGCAGUGUGCCAACUCCUCACAUGUUCCUUCAAAUGAGGAGGAUAUGCAAAACAGCAAUGUGUUCCUGAUUUUGCAUGUUUCCAUUUCAUUCCAUAUACACGUUUUCACUACUGCUAGUACACUCUAUUAAGGGCUUACUAACAUGUAACAGUUGUAAUUUUAAAUUCGUUUUCACCAAGGUCGCCAAUUCGUAUUCGAUAUCAUGGCUCAGGCAUGUCAGUAUUAGCGGACAAGACUCGCUAACAUUGAGUAGAAUCUGUUGUCUGUUAGAUGAGCACUUUUUUUUUGUUUCCUGGAAAUCUCUUUUGCACAAUUAUAUUGUUUCCCCUCUGAUGCAAAACACCA